CUGGUACCUUAGGCAUGGGUACCUAGUAAGGUGCUUCAUAGGCGAACUAUGAUGCAGCAAUAGCAGUAUAUCUCAGUCUACACAUUCAGAUAUCUUGUAUUAUCAGAGAUGGCCGAGUUCUCAAUCGUCACUCUUCCUACACCAGCACCUGACCACAAUACCCUCCUGGAGUACUCCUCACGGCUUAAGGAACUCCGACUCAAAAGCCUGAAGCAAGAUCCCGACAGCUUCAUCUCAAACUAUGCAUCGGAGUGCGAUAAGCCGCAAGAAUUCUGGCUGGACAGACUCUCGGAAUCCGGAGUGACUCAUCUGGUUGUCGUCCGUAGAGAUCCUAAUGCCACAAAACUGGGCAACGAUUCUAGCCUCCUGGAUGGCCAGUGGGUAGGCUUUGCGGUCCUAACUACUCCAGACGGAGAUCCAUCUGAAGAUAUAGCCCAUGACCCCCCGGAAUACAACUUAAUGGCGCUUUAUAUCGACUCUGACUUUCGUGGUCAGGGGCUCGGGAAGCGAUUGGUGCAGGCAUCCAUAGACACGAUCAGAUCGCACCGUGCUGCGAAUGGCAGAGCAUCUGCUGCCUGCCUGAUAACCGUCCGUCAUGGCAAUGACCAGGCGCUGGCACUGUACCAGAAGAUGGGAUUCAGCAUCAUUGAACCCAAUGACCAGAUCGAGAAGGAUGGAAGAAUCUAUCCUUCAACGGUGUUAAGAUUAUAUGUUUAGGGAAGGCUUCUCACGAAUGUGGCUCCCAUUCAAAAUGAAGUAGACCUGUGAAGCUAUCAUUCUUCUUCUGCGGUGAGCCCCUUAGCGAAAGGGGCUGAUAGAUGUCGCACGUGCUCUGUGUGGCGUCCUGCUGGAUUAUUGGUUGAGACGCCCAAAUCCAGACAAGAGUGACAAGAAUCCUGACAGCACGCUCCGUAAGUACCUCCUUGAAAUGGCGAGAUAUGGUAGACCGUGGCUUGUAGUCAAAUACUACAGAGAAAGAAAAGACCAAAGCCCCCUGCCCCUUGAAGUGGU